CCGGCGCAGUUCAACAAUGGCUGAAACGAAGGCUAGAUGUCACUGCUCUGUUCCACUUUGUAAAUCGAACAAACAACGCCAACCCUACUUAAGUUUCCAUGGAUUCCCGACUGAAUUGAGUCUAAGGAAGAAGUGGAUUAAAGCGGUUCGCCGGGAUGAGGGGCCAAACUUUAAAAUAAAACAAGGUAGCACGUUUGUUUGUAGCCGGCACUUUAGUGAAUCAGACUACACUAACGCUACAGGUAGUGCUAGCAGGCUAGCGUUAGCUGACGUGGCUAACUUUACCAACCGAGGUCGCAUCAAGCGUCUGCAAAUCGGUUCUGUGCCCUCCCGUUUCCAGUGGAACAACUGGGGACUGCCAAGAAGGGAGUCUGCUUAUAAAAGAGCAUCAACUCGCUUAGGCCAUGACGUUUGUCCAGCCCUUCCUCUGGAGCAGCCCCUACCAUGUGAGGAAGAGGCGAUGGAGGAGGUCGCAGCUUCGGUGGUGAUGACAGAACAUGAUUACGGUUCUGCUCUUAAACCAGGUGCACUGGAUGCUGCUGCUGCACACAUACAGCAACUGGAAGACAAAAUCAAGGAGCUGACAACAGAGCUGUCACAGCUGAAAAGUUGCUGCAGGCCUGCAAGAGAAGGUGCUGGCUGACAUGUUUCAGGUCAGUGUGUCCACUGUCUCCCGUGUUGUUAUAACGUGGGCCAACUACCUUUACCUGCUCCUUGGCUCCCUUCCCAUCUGGAUGAGUAAACAGCAAGUCAAGAACACCAUGCCAAGCAAAUUUGUGCAGUACAGUCCAGAUGUUCGGGUAAUCAUCGACUGCACCGAGGUGCGAUGCCAGAAUCCAUCAUCCCUCACUCUCCAGUCUGAGGUUUUCUCAUCGUACAAAAACACGAC